UUACCUUAAGGUUACCAAUUUGAUUUAGUAUUCUAAUCCUCUUGAAUAUGAGUCUCAUCUCCACUGCUGCUGUUUGAGCCCAAGUCAUACUCUUCCCUCCCUGAAUUCCUGCAACAACCUCCCAUCCCCACUCCCUACAGCUGAUUCCCGAAAUAACAGAUCUGGCCUCAAGCCUCUACUGCUUAAAGUCCAACAGGACGUUGUCAUCGUGAUUAGGAUGAAGCCCAGGCACCGUGCCCCUAGCAGGUGCUCCCAAUCUGAGCUGCACAUGACAACCACCUGGGCGCAUUACAAAUGCACUGAUGCCCAAGUCCCACCGCAGAAGUUGAGUCAGCUGGUCUGGGGUGAGCGUCCCGGGCAGUACGCUUUUACCGCUCUCUGGCUAACCCUAGCUUGCAGCCGACGAACCACCAGCCUAGAGCUGCGGUCACGCGUGACGCCAGCUGCACGGAGCGGCGUCGCUCCCCGGUGCUUCUGGUUUUCCCCUAGAGCUCCGUGGCUCCAAGACAUCCUUCUGACCCUUUUUGAGCACGGCCGUCAUACUUCAUCACACAAUUGAGGUAAAAACGUUCGAUAAAUGACCAGCUUUCAUUGAACAGAUGAAUUCCUUGUAAAUAAGUCGACCCUCAGCAUCGGCAGGUCUCUGCAGCCAAACACUGGCUGUUUGUGUCAGUACUGAAAAGGUGGGGUUUCCUGUCAUCAUUCCCUAAAUACAGUAUAGGAACUAUUUACGGCGCAUUUACGCUGUAUUCGGGAGUAUAAUCAACCCAGAGAUGGUCGAAAGUACAGGAGAGGCCGUGGGUAGGUGACACGCGAACACUGCGCCACUUAGUGUCGGGGACCCUGGACCCAGCCCCGCGCCGCGCCGCGCCGAGGCCGCCCGCACCGCCUGCCGGCCCCUCGCUUCACACCACUGCCGCGUGCGGACACGCCUCUGAACCCGCUCGGGCCCAGUGUGGUGUUGGCUGUGACGGCGACGCCCAGUCGCUUCCUUCGGGGAGGAGGGAGUCGUUUCCUUCCGCGGGACUGCCCGGCGCUGCCGGCCAGGGGGAGAGCAGGUGCGCGGGGCCCGAGGCCUUCGCCCCAGCCUGGCCUCGCCCGGCGGCCGCGGGUCGUUCCUGCAGACUCGCCGUGAGCGGAAGAGUGCAGUAGGCCGAGUUUCUUGUAAACGGACAAAAUUGAUGUCUGCAAAUGGCCACAGCUUUCGCGUGUCUUCAAAAUGACUGACUGGCCACCGUGCCGGGAACCUACGGUCGACCCGGCUGCACCAACCUGCGCAUGCGCACGGCCAUCUUCCGGGCGGGCCGCUCGCCCCGCCCCCGCCCCGAUACCCAGCCUGGCCCCGCCUCUCCGCCGGCCGGACUAUGGCGCUGAGCGAGGCGGUGGGCUGCGGGAGCUCUCUGGUAUGGCCUCGCGUGUUGCUCUUCGGAGACUCCAUCACCCAGGUUACAAUACCAGAUGGGCUAAAAUUAUCCUUCCAAGAUUAAUCAGGAAAGGGAACAGUUUGGACAACCCAGUAGCAGUGACAAUUUUCUUUGGUGCCAAUGACAGUGCACUAAAAGAUGAGAAUCCCAAGCAGCACGUCCCCCUGGAUGAGUAUGUUGCAAAUUUGAAGAGUAUGGUGCAGUACCUGAAGUCUGUGGACGUCCCGGAGAACCGAGUCAUUCUUGUCACGCCACCCCCUCUCUGUGAAACGGCCUGGGAGGCCGAGUGCGUCAUGCAAGGUUGCAAAUUAAAUCGCCUGAACUCAGUUGUUGGUGAAUAUGCCAAUGCAUGUUUACAAGUGGCCCAAGACUGUGGGACUGAUGUACUUGACCUGUGGACCCUGAUGCAGAAGGACAGCCAGGACUUCUCACCCUACUUAUCAGAUGGACUACAUUUGUCACCAAAGGGAAAUGAGUUUGUGUUCUCACAUCUCUGGCCUUUGAUAGAGAAGAAGGUCUCUUCUCUACCGUUGCUGCUUCCUUACUGGAGAGAUGUAGCAGAAGCAAAACCUGAAUUAAGUCUGCUGGGAGACGGAGACCAUUAGUCAAGCACGGGAAACCCCAGUCUGCCUGGUACCUCCCGGCACUCGAAGUUGCCAAUGCAUAAAGACUCCAAGGAGAUCAGUGGAAGAGUAUUUUUUCCCUCAAGCUUGAUUAUACCUGUCCUCAUGCCUCUGGACCAAAAAACACAUUUGUCACCAAUAUUAAUAAAAAUAUUUUUUCAGGGAAGUUAAA